AUGAUAAAGAUACUCACCCCUCAUAACUCUCACUCCACCACCACCACCACAACUCUUAAAACAGCUGAGAUCCUGUCUAAAUACAGACCUAUUGCUCCUAAGCCAGGGACAACGACCCAAGUAAACGAUAAUGACUCUUCUUCUUCCUCUAUGUCUCACAAGAUCAACCAAUCUCCUUACCUACGUAACCUCUGGCCUCAGCUUCAAGCUCGUCCUACUAGAACCCGUAAGCGAGGCCGAGGCGGCAUGGGUCCAACCUCUCCUCUUUCGUUGAAGAGACACAAGCCGCCGUCAUCAGCUGCUUCCACCACUACUACUCCACAACGUGUCUUUGGUCCUAUUAAAACGCUUUCCUUUCAGGCUUUCACUCAUGCUGGCUUACCUAACCUGGCCCAAGUUGGGUACGCGUUGGAGAAUGGUGGUGGCUCUCCUGCUUUGGUGACUCUGCCUCUUCUUCAAUGCUCUCCUUCUCCUCCUUCCAAAUGCAUGGAACCAGAGAUCAAAGAAGUCAUUGAUCUGAACAAGACCGCGGAAGUGAUAGAGAGAGAUUUCUUGAAGCAACUUCAAGAACCCCUCACCACAACAACAACAACCACAACCAGAGUGAUAUCACCGCAGGCCAUAAGACCAGUUUGCUCAAGGAUCAACGUAGCAUGCAUAAAUCCACUAACAAACCCAUCUCACAUCAUCAAGAAGUCACCACAAGAUGUUGAAGAGGAGUUUGAAUCCGAUGACGUCCCAGCCAUAAUCUCUGAUGCCAACAACAGAGUCAGGCUCGUGAACUCGGCAUACAAGGAAAUGAUGGGGCAGCCUGAGUGCUCGUGGCUAGACUCAAUGGUUAGAGGGAAGAGGAUCUGUGGAGAAGUGAUGAUCCAUCUAUGUGAAGCCAAGAUUCCGGAGAACAAUAAUGGGUUCUCUUGCUGGGUGAGGAUAGAGUGGGGAAGAGAUGGUAAGGAGGAGUUUGUGCAUGCCUUUUGUGAUGUGAUGAAACUUGAGUGUGAUUCCAAAGAUUAUGUCUUUACGUGGAGGUUUCACACAACCGCAAGAGAAACUUGUCGAUCAAGCUGCCAUGCUUAG